GCUGGGACCCCCGGUCCCUUCUCCCGCAGUGGCCCUCAUGCCCAGCCGCGCUGCCCCCGUUUGGGUGCCUAGUGGAGGGGUUGCCGGGCUUCUUCUCCUCCUCCUCCGCCGCCGCCUCUUGGGGCGGUAGCUGGGGCAGGGGAAAGGAGCGGCGGUAGAGCAGCCGCUGCCCCCACUCCCACUCCCGCCGUUUCCCGCCCUCCGAACAAAGGCGCCGCCAGAGGCCCCCGCCUCGCCCUCCGCUGCGAGAUGGCGUCGUUCAACAUCGGGGGACUCAACGCCUCCUCUCGGAGGAGAAGCGUCCAUUCCCGCAACGCCACUGUCGAGAGGCGGAAUCUCAUCACCGUCUGCAGGUUUUCUAUCAAGACACUGAUUGAUCGAUCCUGUUUUGAAACUAUUGAUGAUUCUUCUCCUGAAUUUAACAAUUUUGCAGCCAUUCUGGAACAGAUUUUAAGCCAUAGACUCAAAGGUCAAAUCACUUGGUUUGGUUAUGAAAGUCCCCGUAGCUUCUGGGAUUAUAUUAAAGUAGCUUGUCGCAAGGUUUCACAUAACUGCAUCUGCAGCAUUGAAAAUAUGGAAAAUGUCAGUUCCUCAAGAGCUAAGGGAAGAGCUUGGAUUAGAGUAGCGCUUAUGGAAAAGCAUUUGUCUGAAUAUAUUUCCACAGCUUUGAGAGACUUCAAAACAACCAGAAGAUUCUAUGAAGAUGGAGCAAUUGUCCUGGGAGAAGAAGCAAACAUGCUAGCUGGUAUGCUGCUGGGCCUCAAUGCUAUUGAUUUCAGCUUCUGCCUCAAGGGAGAGGGCCUGGAUGGCAACUAUCCAGCUGUGAUAGACUUCACACCUUACCUGAAGUUCACCCAAAGUUCUGACAGCAUCAGUAGUGAUGAAGAAGAGCUAAGAACACUUGGCAGUAGUGGCAGUGAAAGCAGCACACCAGAAAACAUUGGUCCUCCUUUCAACAUGGAUGAGAACAGCUGGUACAACAAAUGCAAACGGGUGGAGCAAAAAUACCGCCUCACACUGGAGCAGAAGGGUUAUCUAGAAGAGCUAGUACGCCUUAGAGAGACCCAACUGUCUGAAUCCAUCUCUCAGAAGAAGUUACUGCGUCAGAAGGUAGAUGCUAUGGAUUUGGCUCAUAAAAUGGAAAAGGAACAACUUGAGUACAUCAUUGUGGAACUGCAAGACCAGCUAACUGUGCUAAAGAAUAAUGAUUUAAGAUCAAGACAAGAAUUAACCACCCAUCUCACCAAUCAGUGGCCUUCCCCAGGAGCUCUGGAUGUUAAUGCUGUUGCCUUGGAUACACUACUUUAUCGAAAGCAAAAUAAGCAAUGGGAUGAAAAGAGUUUUCACAGCCUGGACCAGCUUUCUGCUGAUGUUAGCCUUUCUCAGACAUCUUUGGAUCCAAGCCAUUUAGAAGAUGGAGAUGGAAAGCAGGAUGGGAUGAAUUUACUUAGUGAAGGAAAAGAAGACACCCCUUCGUUGCUUGGUCUCUGUGGCUCUCUGACUUCAGUAGCAAGUUACAAAUCUCUCACAAGUCUGAAGUCAAGUGAGUAUCUUGCAAGUCCUACAACAGAUAUGACAAGCCCUGGACUAACACCUUCUGGAGUGGAUCUAUACAAAGAAGAUCUCUGAAUUUGUAUUCAGUUGACAUUCCUUAAUUUAUCUGCAGUUGAAACUCAUACAACAUUAUGCCAGUUUUAAAAAUUGCUACUCUGUCCUUUUUAGCAACAUCUAAAAAACAAUGGCUUGCAGUUGUUUUAAAAAAAUACUCCUUUGCUUACAAUAUUCAUGAUUUUCAGUCUGUUGAAUGUACAAUUAAGGCUGCAAAUCAUCAUUAAGAGAAAAAGGGGUUAUCUUAACUGCCAAAAUCUGUCUUCUCUUGAAGCUUACUUUCCUCACUUCUUUAGAUAUGCUCACAUUUACAAGGAUAACUUAAAACUCAAUAGGCAAGUAAAAAUAUUAUUUGACUAUAUUGUAAGAACAAAAUAUUUGAAAUGUAUUCUAUUAUGAUGGAUUGAAAAAACUGAACUACUUAGAGUUGUGGUAGCCAUUAGAUCUACACCUGAAUUUUCAUUAUACUAGUCUUGCUUCCAUCAGGGUUUCCCACAUAUUUGGCAUUCUGACACGCUUAACUACUUGCAGGGUACAAAGGGGAGAAAUUUGGAGACAGCAUCCAAAUUGUUUGUGCUCAUGACAUAUCCAAAUGUAAAGGUAGGAGGCACUUGUAGAGAAAAGCAGUGCAACUAUCUAUAGUGGUUCCUUUUAAGAACUUUCUGUUUUUCUCCGAAAAGCAAGUAUCACAAUAGACGUAUAUGUAAGUCUUGCUACCUGCUCUGUAGUAAAAAAUUUUAAUCAGGUGCCACUGGUCAACAGUCAAACAAUGCUAGGCAUGCUUUUUGGAACCUUUUGCAGUUUAAUUUUUAAAGUGCAACCCUUUCUACAGUGUAACGAGUUUCGUUUCCUAGCAUUACUGGGAAUUGUUACACGCAGUAACCACAGGCUAUUUUGUGUAAAAGCAUAAAUACGCAUACAGCCCCUAAACUUAAUGAUUCUGAGGAAAUGCUUUAUUGUGCCAAAGAAGUUCCAUGCAUUGUUUCCUAAUGUGGAACAACAUGGGGGACUCUACAAGUACAGCUAAUUUUUGCACUAUCAGUUUGAUUACCUACUUAUUAUUUUGCCAAAAAGAGAUGUGCCUCUUGUAAGACUUGCUAUAAAAAUUGAUUAGCAUUAAGAGAAAGCAGAUUAUACAUGAAAUUCUUUGUGUUGGCAAGUUUAUUAUUUUUCAUAUGUGCCGAGCUAAAUGAGACAAAACAAGACAAUGCUCCUGCUUUGCCAAAUGUUACGUACUGACUACCUGGUAAAAGUAAUGCAGUGCAUGUUAAUUAUCUCUUGUAAAAUAGUUAUCUUUUAAGAACAUGAGGAAAAAUGAAAUCUUUGCGGCCAAGUUUUGAGAGAUAGAUAGAGUAUUGUUAGCAGGUUUGUAUGUGUGACCUCUUCCUUGGGACAAUUUACUGUUGAUCUGGAAACAUGACUGUCACACCAGUUAUUGAUUAGUUGGAGCAGCUGGGAUCAAAGCCUUUUUUUUUUACAGACCAUAUCUAAAAUCUCUAGUUUGUAUGUGAAACCAGUCAGGUCAAUAUUUGUGCAUGAAAAGUUUACUGUCUUCGUUCUGAAAUCCUGCCAAGCUUUCAGACUUGGAAAAAAAACAAACCCCAAAUUGUGCAGACUUGCACUGCUGUAUCAAAUGUUGCAUGUGCAUUAAACAUUUUGUACUAUUA